CGCGGCUAAAAUAAGCGGAGCGCUACCCACUUACAAUAUAAAAUGGUAGCUGAGAUGAACGGACCCAACGGGAAGAUUGUUACUUUUUCAAAUCAUGCCUUGAAGCUAGAUAAAGCUUCAGAUGCGAAGGAUAUUGUUUCUGCAUUAGCUUCAAACUUAGAUGCUGAGUGUUUGGAUCUCAGUGGCAAUACACUGGGAAUAGAUGCGGCUAAACCUAUUGGUAUUGCUCUGGAAAAGAACCGUCAGAUUAAGCGUUGCUUGUUUAAUGAUUUGUUUACAGGUCGUCUUAAAUCAGAAAUAGCACCAGCAUUAAAGUAUUUGAGUAAUGGUCUUAUGGCUUCUAAGUGUCAAAUAACUGAAUUGGAUCUUAGUGACAAUGCUUUCGGUCCAAAUGGAGUUGUCGGUGUAACUGAUCUGCUAGCAAGCAAUACUUGUCACACUUUGAAGAUAUUGCGAAUGAACAAUCAAGGUCUUGGACAUGAAGGAUGUCGACAUCUUGCAGAGGCUUUAGAAAAAGGAAGAUCUUUAUCAAAGCAUCAAGGCUUAUUACUAAAAAUAUUUUCUGGUGGAAGAAAUCGUUUAGAAAAUGUUGGAGCUCAAAUGCUUUCUAAAGUAUUCAGUAAGAUGGGAUCACUAGAAGAGCUUUCACUUUAUCAAAAUGGAAUUGGAAUUCAUGGCGUAGAUGGUAUUUUGUCAUUGGUCAAAAUAAUCGAAUCUAAUCCAAAUUUACGAGUGUUAAAUUUAUCUGAUAAUUCACUUACUCCACGUGGUGGUGAAGCAAUUGCACGUGCUCUGCCUUCAUUAAUUAAUUUAGAAGAACUUUAUUUGAGCGAUUGUAUACUCCGAUCAUCCGGCGUUAAAUCUCUUGCUUCCGCAUUUGAAGAUCCUGACACAACUCCUAAUUUAAGAGUUUUAAAUCUAACUGGCAACGAAAUCAAAUUGUCCGCUGGCAUUAAUUUAAUUUUAUCUUUGGGCAAUAAAUCUAAUUUAGAAUUACUAGACUUAAAUGCUAAUGAAUUUGGUCCUUCUGGUGUUCGAUCAAUCAUUCAAACACUUGGUUCAGUAGGACUUUUACACACAAUACCUAUUCCGAAUAACGAAGAAGAUUCACCAAAUAAAUCAAUUUCAGACGAAUCCUAUUUAUGUGCAUUUGAUGAAGACCAGGGGUCGGAUCAAGAAGAUGAAGAUGAUGAGACCAAUGAAGGAGGAGAGGAGAAUGCUGAUGAUGAUGCUGAUGAUGAUGAUGAUGAUAAUCUAGAAGAAGAAGAAUACGAUGAUUCUAUCAGAAGUCAAUAUGGAGAUGAAGAUGAUGAUGAACGUGAAAAUUAUAGUGAUGUAACGCCAAACAAAAAUGAGUGUGUUAAUUUCAGUUUUCGUGAAGCACUUUCAAAACUUGGUGGAACUGCUGGCAGUGGCGGCGGUGGCGGCGGUAGUGGUGGUGUUGGUUGUUUGACUCCACAAAAUGAAAAUACUACUCAAGCAAAUAAUAAUAGUAAACUUUUCGAAUCGUUCGGUAAACAAUCCUUUGGUUUAUUUUCUGGCAUAUCACCACAAAACACUGAUACAACCGAUGCUGGUUUAAUACGUUCAAAAUUAUGGCCUUCUUCAGGUAUAGGCAAUUUAUUCAAUUUCGGUGAUAAUGCAAACAUUAAACGAAAUUUAUUUUCUCCACCAACUACUUUAUCAAAUAAAAUUGUUAAUGAAGUAGUUAUUCAUGAAAAGAAAUUAGAUGAAGACAAGUUUAGACAACUUUUGAAUGAAGCACUUUCUAAUCCAAAACAAGAAACAAGUAGAAAUAGUUUAAUUGAUUUUAUUGGUUCGGUAGAAUAUUUUAAACAACCACCAAUUCAUCCAGUGAUUCUGUUAUGUGCACAAACUGCUACACCAGAGAAUAUAGUUCGUUUAAGUUUAGCUUUAUCACGUAGUUUAACAUGUCAAAUCAAUCCUGUAUCUAGUGGAAUUAUGCAAUUAGCUAUUGGUUUAUUGGCCUCAGUGUUUACAGAUGUUUAUCAAAAAAAAAAUUUGGAUACUUAUCGGACAAGUUGUGCAAUUAAUUGUCUACUUGUCUAUUUAGGUGCAAUUAAAUCAGAAAAAGAUAGUGAAGAUUGGUUAGAUUGUUCAUGGACUACUAUUAAUAGUAACAAUAGUAAUAAUAGUAACAAUAGUAAUAAUAAUAAUAAUAAUAAUAAUAAUAAUAAUAAUCAGAAUCAUUCCAAAUAUAAUCUACAACACUAUUUACGAUUAACUAAAACAUUAAUCGACUAUUUUGGACCACAACUUAUACCGAAUGUAUGUAAUUGUUUAACAUUACUUCUAUCGGAACAACGUCAAAAAGAAGCACGUUCUAAUACCACUACUACUACUACUACGGCCAAAUAUGAUGUUCACACAAUGAAUAAUGAUAUGCAUUUAAUAGACGAGAUUAUUCAUGCAUUAGAGAAACAAUUAGUUUCAAUGAAAUUGAAACAUUGAAUUAAUUGGAGGCGGGAAAUAUGAAAAGUUAAAGCAAACAUAAACUUAAACUUAAACAAUUCAAGAUUUGAUUGUUCAAAAUUUUCUGCAUUUGUAUAACUAGUUUUUAUAUAGAUUCAUUUAUAUAUAUCUGUCUAUUGAAAUUGAAUUCAGAAGAGAGAGAUAAAGAGCGAGAAAGAUAUGUUUUCCAUGGAGGAAUAUAGAUAUAUACAUAUACAUUGUAAACAAUGUGUCAUUCUGUACAUAAUUUUAAGUUGAGUAAAGUACAAAUUCCACUAUUUGUUAUUGGUAGCUUACAUAUAUUUUCCUGUCAUCAGUUAUUUCUCUUUCUCUGAUUAACACUGUCAUUGUUUAUGUAUAAUGAAUGCAUUGAUGUUGGUUUAAAUAAAAAUAAUUCUGAUUGUAUUAA